UCAGUUUUUGUUGUGUUGCGUUGCGUUGCGUUGCGAUUCUGGAAUCCAUAACCUAACAAAACCCCAAUUUCGCCGGCAAAAUGGGAUCUAUCGGAGUACUCCUCGUGGCUAACGUGAUACCAUACCUGGAGCAGGAGCUCGACAAGCGCUACAAGCUGUUCCGCGCAUGGGAUUACCCGAACGUGGCGCAGCUGCCGAGUCAGCACGUCACCGCGAUCCGCGCGGUGGUCGGAAACGCGAGCGCUGGCGCGGACGCGGCGCUGAUCGAGGCGCUGCCGAAGCUGGAGAUCGUGUCGAGCUUCAGCGUGGGAGUGGAUAAGGUUGACGUGGAGAAGUGCAGAGAGAAGGGGAUUCGCGUGACGUACACUCCUGAAGUGUUGACCGAUGAGGUCGCGGACCUCGCUAUUGGCUUGAUGCUGGCAGUCCUCAGGAGAAUCUGCGAGAGUGAUCGCUUUGUCAGGAGCGGCCAGUGGAAGCGCGGUGACUACAAGUUGACUACUAAGGGAACGUCGAGCGUGAGGAUUCCGAAUCAGUCUUUGUUGGGUUCCGUUGCGUUGCAUUGCGACUCUGUGGAAUUCCUAACUCAACCAAACCCUAAUUUCGCCGGCGAAAUGGAGUCGAUCGGAGUACUCCUCGUGGCUCGCGUGUUGCCGUACCUGGACCAAGAGCUCGACAAGCGCUACAAGCUGUUCCGCGCGUGGGAGUACCCGAACCGGGAGCAGCUGCUGAGUCAGCAUGCCGCCGCCAUCCGUGCGGUGGUCGCAAGCUCGAGCGCCGGCGCGGACGCGGCACUGAUCGAGGCGCUGCCGAAGCUUGAGAUCGUGUCGAGCUUCAGCGUGGGAGUGGAUAAGAUUGACAAGGAGAAGUGCAGAGAGAAGGGGAUUCCCGUGACCUACACGCCGGACGUGUUGACCGACGAGGUCGCGGAUCUCACUAUUGGCUUGAUACUGGCGCUCCUCAGGAGGAUUUGCGAGUGCGACCGAUUUGUCAGGAGCGGCCAGUGGAAGCGCGGUAACUACAAGUUGACCACUAAGUUCUCUGGGAAAACUGUUGGCAUUAUUGGGUUAGGGAGGAUAGGGGAAGCCAUUGCGAAGAGGGCUGAAGGAUUUAAGUGUCCAAUAAGCUACUACUCAAGAACUGAAAAACGAGACUCGAAGUACAAGUACUAUCCAAGUGUUGUAGAAUUAGCAUCUAAUAGCGACAUACUGGUAGUAGCUUGCGCACUGACUGAGGAAACCCAUCACAUAAUCAACAGGGAGGUGAUCAAUGCACUGGGUCCCAAGGGUUAUCUUAUCAACAUUGGAAGAGGUAAGCAUGUUGAUGAAACAGAGUUAGUGUCGGCACUUGUAGAAGGUCGUCUUGGUGGGGCUGGGCUAGAUGUGUUUGAAAAUGAGCCUAGUGUUCCAGAAGAGCUAUUUGGGCUUGAAAAUGUUGUCUUGCUUCCCCAUGUUGGAAGUGCCACAGUAGAAACUCGAACGGCCAUGGCCGACCUUGUCCUUGGAAACCUGGAAGCUCAUUUCCUUGGAAAGCCGCUGUUAACUCCCUUAAUUUAAUCUCUCCCUCCAUGGAACUUCCAGGAUUGAUGGAUCUGCAUUAUUAGGUACACAUUUACCACCGUUUCAUAAUUUCUGUCAUCCAAAUAAAUUAUCAGGACAGCUUCUUAUGUCUACAUUCCUGUUUCAUCUAUGAAUUUUUAUUUAUUUAGUUCAUCUUCUCGUCUUAAUAACAUUAUGGAUGAACUACUCUUUGAUUUAA